AUGCCCCAGCUUGGCAAUCACCUCAGCGAUAGUAGGUCCGAGGACGAGACCCAGGAGGCACACGACACGGCAGUAUGGACAGCAGUAAAUUCCCCAGCCAAGGAAUCAAAGCAGUUGGAGCUGUCCGAGUCUGAGUCCGACUCCGAUUCCGACUCCGACUCCAACUCCGACUCCUCCGAAUACUACUGGGACAGUCUCGGCCCCGGCCUAGAGGUGAGUCGCAAAAAGUCUCAGCUGAAGAUGUCCCAGCGUGGCAAUCGCCUCAGCGAAAGUAGCUCCGAGGACGAGACCCAGCAGGCCCAGGACCCGGCAGUAUGGACAGCAGUACCUGCCGCAGCCAGGGAACCAGAGCAGUUGGAGCUGUCAGGGUCUGAAUCCGAAUCCGAAUCCGAAUCCGAAUCCGAAUCCGGGUCCGGGUCCGGGUCCGGGUCCGGGUCCGGGUCCGAGGAAUCUGGGUCCGAGUCCGACAGCUCCAGUUCUCAGACGGUGUCUCAAUCAGAAGAAGGCAGGAACGGAGAGGAAGUGGAGAAGGAAGACGAGGAGGAGGAGGAGGAGGAGGAGGAGGAGGAAGGCGAGGAGGAAGAGGACGAAGACGAGGACGAGGACGAAGACGAAGACGAGGACAGCCAUCCAAGAAAGAAGCCAAAACACCAGGGCUUCAUCUUAGAUGAGGCUGAGGUGGAUGAUGACUAUGAAGAGGAAGAAGAAGAGUGGGAAGAAGGAGCGGAGGACUUUCUGGACAGAGAGCGGCUAGAUGGCUCCAGCGCGGGUUUUGGCAACGGGGAGGAAGACUGCUCCCGGGCCCGGCGCCUCCAGAAUGCUUGGAGGGAUGAGGGAGAGGAUGAGCUGUCUCGUUAUUACAUGGAGAAAUAUGCCACUGAAUCGUGCCGGGAAGCCCCUAGCAGAGCCUCUGAGCAGCUCCUGGAGGACAUCAGCCAACAGUCGCUGCUCCCUGGAAUCCGGGAUCCCAGACUGUGGAUGGUCAAGUGCAAGCUCGGCGAGGAAAGAGCCGCCGCCCUGACCCUCAUGAGGAAGUUCAUGGUCUCCCAGUUCACCAACAGCCCACUGCAGAUCAAGUCGGUGGUGGCUCCGGAAUACCUCAAGGGCUACAUCUAUGUGGAGGCCUACAAGCCCAGCCACGUGGUGGAGGCCAUGGAAGGCGUGGCCAGCCUGCGCCAAGGCUGCCAGCACCAGAAGCUGGUGCCCAUGCAGGAGAUGACGGACGUGCUCAAGGUGUUAGUCAAGGAGGCCCCCAGCCUGCAGCCCAAGAGCUGGGUGCGUGUCAGAGCCGGCCUCUACAAGGAUGACAUCGCUCAGGUGACUUUCGCAGAGCCCGGCCAAGCAACGGUCUCCCUCAAGAUGAUUCCUCGCAUCGACUACAGCCUCAUCACAAGCCCCAGCAAACAGAAAGACGCCUUCGCCAAGAGGAAGAGGUUCAGCAGACCCCCACAGAAGCUCUUUGAUGCUCAGAAGAUCCAGUCCCUCGGAGGAAAGGUUGGGGCAGAUGGAGAUUUUCUCACCUUCAAAGGGAACCGCUACAGCCACAGAGGAUUCCUCUUCAAGACCUUCGCCCUCUCGGCCGUCAUCAGAGAGGGGGUGAAGCCCACGCUCUCCGAGCUGCAGAAGUUUGAGGAGCAGCCCGACGCCCUGCAGGACCUCCCGGUGCGCAUCGAGGACAGCCGGGACGCCGAGCGCACCUUCACGCCAGGAGACAAAGUGCGAGUGGUGGACGGUGAGCUCGUCAACCUGCGGGGCCAGGUGGUCAGCGUGCACGGCCCCAAGGUCAUCCUGAUGCCCAAGCACGAGCAGCUCACCGACCUGCUGGAGCUGUCCGCCUGGGAGCUGCAGAAGGACUUCGACGCGGGAGACCACGUCAAAGUGAUCUCCGGACGCUUCCUCGGCACCACGGGCUUCGUCCUGAGAGUGGAGGACAACUUUAUCCUCCUCCUCUCCCACCUCGCCAGGGAAGAGCUCAAGGUACUUCCCAGAGACCUGCAGCUCUGCCAGGACACUGCACUCCCGGUGGACGUUUGGGGCCAGCACCGCUGGGCCCAGCUGGUGCAGCUGCACCCCGGCAUGGUGGGCGUCAUCGUUGGCCUAGACGCAGACACUUUGCAAGUCCUGAACAUGCACGACAAGGUGGUCACGGUGCGCCGCCAAGCAGUCACCGCCAAGAAGGACAACCACUUGGCCGUGGCCCUGGACCGCCAACAGAACAGCAUUCGCGUCAAGGACUCGGUCAGGGUUGUUGACGGCCCGCACUCUGGACUCGAGGCCGAGAUCCUCCACCUCUUCAGAGGAAGUGCCUUUCUCCACUCCAGGAAGCUCACGGAAAAUGGGGGCCUGUUCGUCUGCAAGUCCCGGCACCUCCUGCUCACCGGGGCUCCCCAGUCUGCCCCGGGCAACGACUUCUUGGUAAGGGACUUGGAUCCCGGCCGCAGCCCUCACGUCGCCAGUCCCAGGCACCCUAGCACCCGAGGGCAGAGGCAGCGAGGCCAGGGCCAGGGCCAGGGCUCGGGCCAGGGCUCCGAAAGGGGCCGCGGCUACGGCCACCGAGACAAGGGCCUCAUCGGACAGUCUGUGCGCAUCUGCCAGGGGCCCUACAAGGGCUACAUUGGGAUCGUGAAGGACGUGACGGAAGACAUUAUCCGCGUGGAGCUCCAUUCCACCUGCCAGACCAUUUCCGUGCAUCCUCAGAGACUCGUCCCGCUUGGCACCACUCGCCCCGGACUCUCGACCCCCGGCUCCCAGACUCCCGCCUACGGCUCAGGCUCCUUUCCCUGCCUGUACGGCUCCCAGACCCCAGUGUACGAGGGCAGCUACACUCCGAGCCACACCGGUGCUUGGGACGCCAGCAACCGCAACACACCCUCCAGGCCAUAG